AUGAGGAUCUUGUUUCUUGUGUCGAUCGUUUGUAUCUAUGCAGUUCAUGAAACAAAUGCAUGGGGUUCCUGUGGCUACAAGGGUAAAGUGUACAAGACUGGGGCCAAAUUUAAAGACGAAUGCAAUAGGUGCAAAUGCAACUUCAACCCUAUCAAAGAUUUCGUGACUUGCACCAAGAAAAACUGCGAAGAGAAAUGCAAAUUUAAAGACUGUGAAAGUACAAAAUGUCCCAGUAUUUCUUGUCCACAAGGUUCACAUAUACCUCCGGGAAGAUGCUGUCCAGUGUGUAAUAUGAAACUGCCAAAUGCGAUGCAAAUGGCUUUACCCAAUAAGGCUGUCCCAACGGUAUGUAAUGGAGAUAUAUGUAAAAUGCACUGUCGCUAUGGACACCAAAAAGACAACAAUGGAUGCAACAUAUGCGACAAAUGCAAUAUGGAUCCAUGUUACGGAUAUAGAUGUUCUGGAAAUACAACCUGUGAUGUGGUCAAUGGUACAGCAGGUUGCCAAAAAUGCAGUCAAAUAAUGUGUGAGAUGUACUGCCAGUUCGGUUUCCAGAUGGAUAGCAAUGGUUGCGAGAUAUGUAAAUGUAAAACGAAUCCGUGUAUGGCUGAUCCAAGCCCUUGUCCAAAGAGCAGCGCCACUCCCGUGUGUGUGGUACAAAACAAUAAGGCAGUCUGUGAGAAAUGUCCUGGGAUCUGCAUGAUGUCUUGUGAAUAUGGGUUAAAGACAGACAGUAACGAUUGCCCAGUGUGUGAAUGUAGAAGUAACCCAUGCGCACAGUCGGAAUGUCCUUAUUGUGUUGUGGAAAACUACAAGCCAGUUUGUCAGAAAUGUGGUCCCAUUAGAUGCAGCAUGUUCUGCCAAUUUGGAUUGGAGAUAGAUUCAGAUGGUUGUCAUAUAUGUAAAUGUAAAGACAAUCCGUGCAUGAAAAUGACUUGCCCUCCUUUACACAUCUGUGAAGCUCAAAAGGACAGAGCGUGUAAGAAAGCCCAUUGUCCUGCGAUUGCCAAGUGCAAAGAUCACCCCGCCUUAGCAUGUGUACAUCCAGAAAAAGAUGCAACUGGAAAUGUAAAAACCUGCACUGGUACCAAGAAGGUCAACUGCAGCGAUGACUUCACUUGUCAGAUGUCCAGAGGACAUUUCCCAGGUGUAUGUUGUCCUCUGGCGCAAUGUAGUUACUUCCAUAGGCUUUACAAUAUCAAUGAAAUCGUACCUUCUCUUGACGGUUGCAAUACUUGCUUCUGUAUGGGUGACGGUAAAAUUGGAUGCACUGCGAAGGCGUGUCCUAAAAGAGGCUGUGCCCAUAAUGGAAAUAACUAUAUGCACGAAGAAAGUUUUCCUCGUGGCGACGGCUGUAACACCUGUAAAUGUUCUGAUGGUGAUAUUGAUUGCACUAAAUCCUAUUGUGCCCACUGCGAGGAAGAUGGUUUACUUUAUGCUAUUGGUGAAUACGUGAACCGAGACGAUCCCUGUCUGAUAUGUCAAUGUACAAAUAAUCCAUUAGACAUGGCGAGUGCUAAAAUUGUGUGUGCCGUCAAAUAUAGUUGCACCCGUGCUUGACUUCAUGAUUUCACCCAGCCCCGACAUUAUGACUUUAUGUACUCACUGCAUUCGAGACUUAUUGUGCAGAUAUUUUGGACAUUGUGAAUUUACGAAUGGAGAUUACCAAUAAUAUUCGUGAAUUUAAGAAAUUUAUACAAUGACAAAAAUAAAACUUU